CUACUACUGAUCUAUGGACCCCUAUUGUUUGUAGUGGGUCCUUUUGAAACAGUAGUGGGUCACCAAAGAUAAGGUUGUUUUUGAAUGGAAGUGGUGGAAUCUGUGAGGUGGUCAGUGGGAGAUUAGAUGGCUUCUUGUAUCUCAAGCUCAGUAUUCCAUGGGUGGAGGAGGAGAAGCCCACAAAGCCUUUUCAAUUGGAACAUAGGCAAGAAGAAAGAUGCUGAACUCAGGCCACAGCCUAAGUACCAUGACUUAGAUCUUCCCUUCUCUGUUUCUCUUGUUGACAAAACAUUCUUAAGAGGUAGGGAGUUAAAAUGCUGCUACAAGGCUAGUGUUGAUGGAUUCAGCGCGACUAGUUUUCAUGAGUGCUCUGAUUUCAAAGGACCCUGUGUGAUUAUUGGAUACACAAAUAAGUCUUUCAAGUUUGGUGCUUUUAAUCCUGAGGGCUACAGAAGCACGGAUGAUUACUAUGACACCUUUGAUGCAUUCCUCUUCUACUGGCCAGAAGAUGAGCAAACUGAUGAUCCCAUCAUCCUGCCUAAAGUAGGGGGUAGUGGUGCAGCCCUUUUCGACUAUGCUCGGGGCGGGCCCCAAUUUGGGGCCGAUGGGCUUAUCAUUGGACCCCCACUAGCACCAGUCAUGGGUGGGUUUACAGGGCCUGAUACAAACUCAGGUAUUGGAGACCUCAGGCAAGCAAAGUCCAGAUUGGGGUUAUCAUAUGCAAAGAGGAAGGAUGGUAAGGAGUCUUUAUUUGGGGAUGAGUUCAAGGCUACCCUUGAGGAAGUGCAAGUGUUUUGCAGUCCUCAAAUUGCUAGCUUAUAUUAGUAUGAACCAUGAAGAGAAAAAUGUUCUUUUUGUAUAUAUAUGUUUGUCCAGGGAACGAAUGACUUAUACAUAUAGAUUAAAGAUUAAACCCUAAAUUUGUACUAUAGUACAGAUAACUAUAUCAUCAAACUAUAUGGCUGAUGGUAUAAAUGACCUUUUCAUAA